AUGAUGGAAAGAAUAAGAAAAGAGAUGAUUCUGAUGGAGAGAGGGCUGCACAGCCCCACGGCCGGCAAGAGGUUCUCCAAUUUGUCCGACUCGGCUGGCAAUGCUGUACUCGAGGCCCUGGAAAAUUCGCAGCACCCGGCUCGCCUUAGCCCGCGCCUGCCGUCCGCCCCCCUGCACAGCUCUCUGGGAGACCUCCCUGCCAAGGGCAAAUUCGAAAUAGACACUUUGUUCAACCUGCAGCACCCGGGCAGCGAAAGCACCGUCUCCUCCGAAAUCGCCUCUGCCGCGGAGGGCCGCAAAAAGCCGGGCCAUUAUUCCGAGGCGGCCGCCGAGGCGGAUAUGAGCAGCGACGUGGAGGUGGGCUGCUCCGCUCUGCGCUCCCCCGGCGGCCUCGGCGCCGCGCCGCUUAAGGAAAACAAUGGCAAAGGGUACGCGGAGAGCGGAUCCGCCGGGGGCACCACGACGUCCUCGUCGGGCUCCGGCCUCGGCAGCCUGCAUGGAGGCGGCGGCGGCGGCGGCGGCGGCGGCGGCGGCGGGGGCGCGGCGCUGGGCAGCUCCGGCUCCGGUGCCGAUCAGGUGCGGCGCUACCGCACGGCGUUCACCCGCGAACAGAUCGCGCGCCUGGAGAAGGAGUUCUACCGGGAGAACUACGUGUCACGGCCCCGCCGGUGCGAGCUGGCCGCUGCGCUUAACCUGCCCGAAACCACCAUCAAGGUGUGGUUCCAGAACCGACGCAUGAAGGAUAAGCGGCAGCGCCUGGCCAUGUCCUGGCCGCACCCGGCCGACCCCAGCUUCUACACCUACAUGAUGACGCACGCGGCCGCCACCGGAAGCCUGCCCUACCCCUUCCACUCGCACGUGCCGCUGCACUACUACCCGCACGUGGGCGUCACGGCGGCGGCCGCGGCCGCGGCGGCCUCGGGAGCAGCGGCCGCCGCCUCCUCGCCCUUCGCCACCUCCAUCCGCCCGCUGGACACCUUCCGCGCCCUCUCGCACCCCUACUCGCGGCCCGAGCUGCUCUGCAGCUUCCCGCCACCCGGCCGAUCCUCGGUGGGCUCAGACUUCGGGUGCAGCGCCGCGGCGCCGCGCUCCGAGAGCGGCUUCCUGCCCUACUCCGCGGCUGUGCUGAGCAAGACGGCCGUGAGCCCGCCGGACCAGAGGGACGAGGCGCCUCUCACCAGAUAACUACGUCGCCGCCACCGGGGGCCGUGCCCAGGAGUCCCCUCCACG